AUGGAAUAUAUCGAUCAUAAUCAAUCAUUGUCUAUGUAUGAGGCUGCAAUUGAUGGUGAUGAACAAUAUUUUGAUAACUGGCUUUCAACAAUGAAAAAUAAUGGUUUAUCUAUAACAAGUAUCAAAAGUAAAAUUGAAAAACUUGAUCAUGAACAAUAUUCAGUAUUACAUUAUACUAUUCGAUAUAAUUAUUUAAAUUUAUCUCGAAAACUUAUUGAAGAAUUUCAUAUUGAUGUUAAUCUUGUUGGUCGUGAUGGUGAAACACCAUUACAUACAGCAGCUCGCUAUGAAAUAUUGCAUAAUAAUAACACUAUGAAUGUUUAUAACAAAUCAAUUACAAUGGUUUGUCGUACACCACUUCAUCAUGCUGCAAUGAGAAAUAAUUAUCAUAAUGCUAAACAAUUGAUUCAAUUUGGUGCUCCGAUUAAUAUUCUUGAUGGAAACAAUGCAACUCCACUUCAUUUUGCAUGUCGAUAUAAUGCUAUUGAUUGUGUUCGUUUAUUUAUUGAAUAUCGAGCUAUUAUUGAUCAACAAGAUGAUAAUGGUAAUACACCUUUACAUUGUAUUGCUCUAUCUCAACAAGUUAUAUUAAAUUAUAUUGAAGAAAAUCACAUAUAUCGAAAUACAACUGCUCAUUUUUUAUUACAUGCAGCUAAAUAUAAUCUUAAAUCUUAUCUUGAAAUUGAAAAUAAAGAUAAAAAAACUGCAUUAAGUGUUGCUUGCGAAUAUGGUAAUAUUAAUUUAGUUCAAAUUCUACUUAUCUAUGGAGCUAGUAUUGAUAAUUAUAUGCCUAUUCAUAUGGCAGUUAAAUCAGGUAAUGUUGAUAUUAUUCAAUUAUUAUUUAAAUAUCAUAUUCAAUUAACAUUAACAAAUUUAUAUGGUGAAACACCAUUACAUAUUGCUUGUAAAUAUAAUCGAAUUGAUAUAUUACAAGUUUUAAUUAAUUAUCAAAAUGAAAACUUAGAUUUAGAAGUUAAAGAUUAUCAAGGAUACACACCAUUACUAACAGCUAGUUAUUUUGAUCAUCAAGAUUGUAUGAGAAUUCUUUUAAUCAAUAAUGCAAAUAUUACAGCUAUUGAUAAAUAUGGUAAAACUAUUUUACAUAUUUGUAUUGAACGUCAUUGUCAAAAUGCUUUAAAAAAUUGUCUUCAAUGGAUUAAAGAAGAUGUUCGUAAUUAUAAAAUGUUUAUUAAAAGUGAUCGACAUGGAAAUACUAUACUUCAUGCAGCUGCUAAAAAUGGUUCAUUUAAAAUAUGUGAAAUGUUAAUGAAUGCAAUAAAAUAUAUUUUAUUACAAAUACAACUAUCAUCUAAUAACAAAAAUUUAUUUAUUAAAGAAUAUUUAUCAUUAAUUCUUAAAAAGAAUAUUAAUAAACGUACACCAAUUCAUGAAGCAGCUAAAAUAGGUAAUUUUUCCAUGUUGAAUUUUUUCUUUCAUAUAAUCAAUAAUGAAAAUAUAACAAAUGAAUAUAAACAAAAUAAAAUUGUACUUUGUGAAGAUUAUGAUGAUGAACUUAAAACGAGUUUACAUCUUGCUGCAGCUCAAGGUCAUUAUGAAAUAGUGCAAUUACUUAUUGAUCAAGGUGCUAAUAUUUGGUCAUGUGAUAUGAAUGAUUCAACACCAUUACAUGAAGCAGCUGAACAUAAUCGUUAUCAUUGUGUUGAAAUACUUCUUCAUCAUCAUGCACCAAUUAAUCAAUUUGAUGGAAAACAUAAUACACCACUUCAUCGUGCUAGUCAAUAUGGUCAUUGGAAAAUUGUUCGUUUAUUACUUAAUUAUAAUGCUAAUGUACGUCUUAUUAAUUGUGAUGGUUAUAAUAGUUUAGAAAUUGCUAUUUUAAAUAAUCAUCAAACAACUGUACAUGAAUUUCUUAAUCAUAAAACAUGGACUAAAUCAUUACGUAAUGCACAAGUACAAAUAAUGUUAAAUAAUAAUAGUAGUAUAUAUGAAAAUUUAUCAACACCAUUAAGAAAACUUAUUCGUUAUAUGCCAUAUGAAGCUAAUGAAGUAUUUACACGAUCUAUGAUUGAAAUAGGAAGUUCAGAAGAUUAUUCAUAUAAAAUUAUUUUUAAUUAUGAAUUUCUUGAAGAUCAAUUUUCGAUUUUUAAAUGGAAACAAGAUACUCAUAUUCAAUCAAAUGAUUUACAGCCAAUAAAAGCAAAAAAAUGGACUUUAUUAUCAUUUUUUAAAUUUCGACAACAACAGAAUGAAAUGAAUAUAAAUAAUACAUCUCAAUUUAAUGAUCAUGUACAUAUACUUCGACAAAAUCAUCCUCUUUAUAUGAUUAUUACCUAUCAUCAAUAUGAUUUACUCAAACAUCCACUUAUUGAUCGAUUAGUUAAACGAAAAUGGGUUCAAUUUAGUCGAACUUUCUUCUGGAUUUUAUUUCUUUUCUAUGGUUUUUUCUUAGCAUCAUUUACAUCUACAAUACUACGUGUACAUCAUCCACAAUAUUAUUAUUCUUUAUUUAAUGCAUCAAUAUCAACGGUUAGUUGUGAAACAAUAUCAUUAAAUCUUCUUCGACAUGAAUCAUUUAUUUUAACAAAAAAAAAUUUUUAUGAUACAAUGAUAAAAUGGCUUUUAUUUAGUACAAUAUUAAUACAUAUUAUUAAAAAUCUUUUAUUAAUUUGUAUACGUUUUAAAAUGUUUUUUGGUUUAUCAAAUAUUUUAGAAUUAAUUGCAUUAAUUUUAAGUAUUAUUUUUUCACAUGAUUUUUAUUCAUGGCAAAUGUCAAUACGUUUUCGAUGUUCAUUUCAAUGGCAAUGUGGAGCUAUUGGUAUUCUUAUUGGAUGGAUAACAUUAAUUAUUUAUGUUCAAUUUCUAUCAGCUUCAGGUAUCUAUGUUGUUAUGUUAGAAGUUAUACUUCGAAAAUUUUUACGUUUUAUUCCAAUAUUAAUUAUAUUUAUACUUGGUUUUGGUUUAUCAUUUCAUAUGUUAUUACAAAAUCAAAAUGUUUAUCAUCAUACAUUUGAUGCAAUAAUUCGUACAAUAUUAAUGCUUACAGGUGAAUUUAAUUAUGAAGAACAUUUAUAUCGUCAAGAAAAUGAAAAUAAUCAAUAUUAUUAUCAAAUAAUAUUUUUACUUUAUAUAUUAUUUUGUAUAUUAAUAACAAUAUUAAUUAUGAAUUUACUUAUAGCAAAUGCUGUUGGUGAAAUUCCACCAUUAAUUGAACGUGCUAAUGUUAAAUAUUCAAUAAUGCGUAUUAAAUUAAUAAUGGAUUAUGAAAUAUUUUUAUCAACAUUUGAUUUUCUAAUACCAUAUUUAAAAAAACGUGUAAAAAAUUUAAUUGAUAAUAAUCAAAAUGAAAUUAUUUAUCCAAAUAAAAUUCAUCGAAAUAAACAUAAAUAUUAUCAUAUAAAAAAAUUUUUUACUGAUCAAAGAAAAAAUUUUUUAUUAAAAACAAAUGAAGAAAAAAUUUGA